AUGGCGUAUCUAAAUACCAUCGGUUGCGGCGAAAGUCUAUCUAGCUCUCGACCUCCUCUAUUUGAUCACUUGUGGAACAAACUUGUGGUCACUUAUGAAGGAACCACUGAUAUUAAAGAUUCUCGUAUGGAUACUCUAAUUAUGGAGUACGAGAACUUUAAACUCCAAGAAGGAGAAAAUAUCAUCGACAUGGAGACUCGAUUCACUCGUAUUGUCGAUGAACUGGCUCAACUCGGGAAGAACUACAUGCAAAAUGAAAAGAACCGACGAGUUCUUAAAUCUCUUCCUCCGAGUUGGAAAGUCAAAGUUACAACUAUCAAAGAGAUGCACAAUCUCAAUGAAUAUCACAUCGAUAAUUUAUUUGGAAAUCUUCGUGCCUAUGAGGAAGAUAAUGUCCCGGAUAUUGUCAUUCCUAAAGUAGAAGACAAAAAGAAAAAUAUGGCACUCAAAGCCAUAUUAAUCGAUGAUGAUGAUAACGACGAAGAAUUGAACGAAGAACUCCAAAAUCUUGAUGAAGGAGAGAUUGCUCUAUUAACGAGACAACUUCGUCGUGUGCUUCAAAGAAAGCUCAAAGAUAUGAAAAAGGCUUCCUCAAAUCAAACAAUCAACAAAGACUAUAAUAAAGGCAAAGGAAUUCAAAAUUCAAAUUCCUACAACAAUGCAAACAACAACAACAUCAACAACAACAACAACAACAACUAUACUCCUCCUAAGCCAAAAGAGCAUGUUCAAGAGGAGACGCAAGAUGUUUGUUUUGAAUGCAAACAACCGGGUCACUACAAGAGAGAAUGUCCUAAGCUAGCCAAAGGACGUGUUCUCGUAGCAGAAAACGGUAUGGAUCUAAGUGAGGAUGAAGAAGUAUCUGAAGCUAGUGAAGAAGUUGUCAAUCUAUGCUUAAUGGCUUCAGAUGACGCAUCUACUUCCACUGAUGAUUCCUCUACGAACCAAGAGGUAGGUGGUCCCUCACGUGUAUUAGACAAUAUGCAUCUAUUUAUUGAUUCUAGCUUAAAUCUGCUUGACAUGUCUAAAAGUGAUCUAAUUGAUUUGCUAGUCCAUAUAAAUAGUAGAUAUUGUGAUGCUGAUCAAAGAUUUCUUUCGAUAUGGUCGGAACAUGAAAAACUCAAAAAUUCGAGUAUAAAUCAACAAGAGGAGUUGACUCGAAUAAAAGAAUCGAUGAUCAAAUGUGAGAAUGAGCUAAAUUCUCUCAAUAAUCAAAAUGAUCACCUAAAGCUUGUAAAUAACAAGUACAAGGACAACAUCACUAAUCUUGAAGUUGAGAAUGUUUCCUUGAUACUUCAAGCUGAAGAAUUGGAAAAUGAGAAGACACAAUUAAAUGAAAAUAAUUGUGGGCUUCAUGUUGAUCUAUUGAACUUGAAGAUUCUAAAUGAAUCAUUGACUCAAGAAAAGUCAUAUCCAAGUCAAAUAAAGAGUUCUCUUGAAAUUGAAAAAGAAAUGAUCCUAGUCUUAAAAGAAAAGGAUGAAAAGUUUCUGUUUGAAACACAGAAACAAGAUUGA